AUGGUUAAUUUACCUCUCAUUUCAGAUAAGGCUGCGCUUCAGGACACCAAAAUUGCUGAGCUGAAGCCGAUAAGUUCGCCUCCAACGAUGUCAGUGAGACAUGAAAUAGAACGUCGGAAUUACGGCGAACACAUGCCACACAUGCCACCAUCACGCCACUUGGCCCAUCGAAAGAGCAGUAUACUUGUCGGGCAACGUUCGCUUGAAAUAAUUGAAGAGUCUGGGCAAAAAGAACCAACGUAUGUUUUCAAUACACAUUUAUUUCUUAUCAGUCUGAAAGCAGAUACGUUUGCUUGUAAUUACUGA